AAAUCAUUGACAGGUACUAAGUACACGGGUGGAAUAGUAGGUUAGUUUUUAGAUACGGUUAACCUGUUCAUCCGAAAUAUUUUCACUGUGUGAGGUAAGACGUCGAUGAUACAACAAGGUGUUGUACUGAGUGGAAAUGGAUGGUAAUGAGAAUAUGGAUGAGACGAUCAGUGACACUUACUGUAAGAAGGAGCCUAAAGUGCUGGAAGUGAUAGUGGUGGAUGUGAUAGAACCCGAGGAGCGCAGAGCACCUCUGGUUGUUGACUUUAAAGGUGGCUCUCUCCAAGAAAGUUACGGGAUGGACGAGUGGCUCGCCGAGGAAGUGGAACGAUUCAAUGAGGAUCGCAACGGAGUAACCAAGAGUUCCACAACUGUAGAUGGUCCGAAUGUAACAGUGAAGGAGGAGGAAGUGAACACGAACACAAGUCAAACUAGCGGAAAUGAGAAAAUACAGAAAGAAGCUGAUGGCAUUAUGUUUGAGGACAGAGAGACGUCACAAGCAGAUAUGUUUAUUUGCGACCUUUGCUACAGAAUUUUUGGAAACCAAUACAAGCUGGAUAGCCACUUAUUUCGAGUCCAUAAAAUUAACAAACGCCCGAAGAAAAGGGGUCGAAAGAAAAAGUUGCAAAGUAAUGAGAACAAAUGGCCUCCUGACGUACAAGAGCUGGCCAGACGAGUGAAUGGAGUGAAGACUUUUUUCUGUAACCUCUGCUCGUACAAGGUGACACGCUGCGACUCGAUGACCAAGCACCUACUGCGGAUCCACAGCGAGGGGAGGGUGGUAGCCCAAUACCAGUGCGAGAUCUGCGGGAAGACGUUCGUGGACAAGGCGUACUUGCGGAACCACGGAGUGUCGCACACGACGGAGAAGGAGCAUACGUGUGAGGUAUGCGGUCGUGCAUUCCACCGUCAGCCUUCCCUCAAACGGCAUCGACAAAUACAUCUCUCCAGCAAACAGUUCGCCUGUCUACUCUGUGAUUACAAGAGCAACAGGAAACACUUGAUGUACAAACACGCCGAGCACCACAGGACCGGCCGCGCCUACUCCUGCAAGUUCUGCAGCGCCCAGUUCUACACUCAGAUAUCCUUCAGAAGUCACAUGUACACCCACAACGUUACGCCCAACUCUUGUUCCUUUUGUAGAGUCGGGUUUUCCUCGAGGGAACGGAUGAUAUCUCAUAUGAGAAAGGUCCACUUUGCUUGUGAAAUUAGAGACAUUAAGGAUGAGUUUCGAUGAACAAAACAGGUUUGCUGACCCACUUGCAAAUUAGGUAGGUCACGUUUGAUAUACUCGUAAUUAGUUUCGCUUGGAUUGUAUUGAAACUAAAGAUUGUUAUUUUCUAAAGUUUGAAAAUGAUUAAGUUUUCAUUAGUAUUUUAAAAUAAUUAUCUUAUUCCAUUUUAUUUAUUGAACCCAAAUAAAUCAAAAUAAUUUAAUAAUUGUAUUAUCUUACACUGUUACUUUAAGAUAAAAUGUUAAAAUUUAUGUAGGUCUAACGCAUUGUAAAAUAUAACGAGGUUUGAAUUAAUUUACUUGUAAUUUAUCCAACGCUUCAAUACAAGUUCUAAGCAAUGAA